AUGCAGCCAUGGCUGACCUUCAUGGGUUUGGUCGGGGGGUAUUGUAGGGCUGAGAACCUCGGUAUCCAGCUGAAGAAAUGGCCGCGCGGGACGGUCAAGACUCGCUGCAGAGGCAACAACUUUGAAUUGGAUGAAUUCUACGAUACCUUGACCAGAGCUAUACAUGACGUGGACUCGAGUUCCCUCUUCUUUGUUGUUGGAGACUUCAACGCGAAAGCUGGAACGAAGCAGCAGGACGAAUCAUGUAUUGGCAGCCAUGGGCGUGGAAUCAGAAACGUCAGCGGAGAGACGCUAGUGCAGUUCUGUGAAAUUAACAGAUUAUUCUUAUCAAACACAGCGUUCUGCCACUCUGCAAGGCACAGGACCACAUGGACAGGACAGCGACUUGACAGAGCCAGUGGCAAGAUUGUCAACAUUUACAACCAAAUUGAUUAUAUUCUGUGCCGUCAAUCGCAAAAGAGACUAUUCACCAACGCCAGAAGUUACAAUGGAACGGAAGUCACAUCAGAUCAUAGGAUUGUGGUGGCUCGCACGCUUUUACCUCGAGUAUUCGGCAUAUGGGGUCGGGCGGCGCGGAGCAGCCAGAAGAAGGUGGAUCGCCUAGCAGUGCAUCGUUUACCCGGGAAUCCACAACUGCAGAAUCAGCUAACAUUUGCCAUCUCAGACAGAAUUCAGAGGGUGUCAGAAGAUCAGCCCAACACCGGAUGGGAUGCAAUAGCUGCAGAGAUCUUCCACGCGGGCAAAGAGAUUGUGGGUGUGACAGCCAAGACCAGUCAUCGUCACCAUGACCCAGAGAUCGAGAGACUUUCCUGCAUGCAGAGAGAUGUCCGACUCCGUAUUCAGGGCAGUGAUGACCCAAUCGAGCGAGAAAUGUUGAGGACUGACCGGAAUCGAAUCCUGCAUGAUAUCAGGAACAGAUCCAUCACAAACAGAGAAAAUGAACUAAUAUCGCGAGCAGAGAAGAUAGAGAGGCUCAAGGAUGGAGCCCAGAUGUUCCAGGCUGUACACUUGCUCCGGCGAAAGCCAUCGCAGAAAGUCGUCGUUAAGGACAGCCAGGGCAAGAUCAUAUGUAAUGAUAAGCAAGCAAGCUUGGAGAUUAAGAAUCAUUUCUCAUCGCAGCUCAGUGACUCUGCAAUUCAGCAAUUUGGAUCCUUCACUGGGGAACCUCGACCGCUGCAGCAUCCCGUUUCAACGGAGGAAGUGAAAACAGCACUAGCAAGACUCAACAACGGUAGAGCUGCAGGACCCGACAACAUCCCGGGUGAGCUAUUGAAGUACUCAGCCGAUGCCACUGCUCCCGUCAUAAGCCGAUGCAUCAACAGCCUAUUUCAGCAACACCGGGUAGAGCCAUUCAUCGGUCAUGGCACACUAAUACCUCUCCAGAAGCCCGGAAAGCCGGUGGGUGCUUUAACCAGUCUGCGACCGAUCAUCCUCCUGACAACUCUACGCAAAGUCAUGUCGCUGGUAGUCCUCAAGCGCAUCUCGCCAGCCGUAAACGAUUUCCUAUCACUGAACCAAAGUGGUUUUCGUGCAGGAAGGUCAACAGCUGAUGUGGUCUGGUGCCAUCGGUGGUUAGCAGCUACGACCCAGCGGUACCACUGGUCAUUCAGCAUACUGGGCAUCGACAUGUCACGUGCCUUUGACACGAUCAGGCGAGGACAGUUGAUGGACGUGGUUCAGCGAUUCUUGGAAGAAGACGAGAUACGCUUGAUCCGUUACCUGAUCUCAGAUACGAAUUUGGCAGUCAGACUGGGCACGGAAACAUCAAGCUCUUUCUCCACUAACAUUGGUACCCCGCAAGGCGACUCCUUGUCGCCAAUUCUAUUCGUGAUCUACCUGGAAGCUGCCCUGCAGGAUGUGCGACAGCGAAUGGCUGCACCUGUGGCCCGGCAUCUUCCGUACGAUGUGGAGUACGCCGAUGAUGUGGACUUCAUCAGUAUCUCUAGUGAUUGGCUUCGGAUGUUAGAGCCACAGGUUGCCACCAUCCUGGGUACAUGGUCCCUUACCGUCAACCAGACCAAGACAGAAUUCACAGCCAUCCAGCGAGAGGCCGAUCGUGCUGAUGAGCCAUGGCGUAUGGUCAAGAAACUCGGCUCUCUCCUUGGUGAUGCAGAGGAUGUCACCCGCAGAAAGCAGCUUGCGGCGAUAGCGUUUAAGUCCCUCUGCCAGUUAUGGAAGAGAAGAGACCAACGCGUAGACCAGGAAAGGACUCCCUGGCUUGGUCUAGACCUACCCACUAACCCAGCUAGCUACAAAACAAGUGGCGGCCCAGCGAUGGCAGCACGGACGCCGAGCUCAAGGAAUAUCACCCUGAACUCUGUUCCAGGUGCGGAAAUUUGGCAACCGUGUGACUCUCGCGGCAGCGCAGCGCCAAGGUCGAGGCCGGCUGUAGCAUCGCUUGACGAACCAGUGUUGGUGGCCGCCGUGUAUUUCCAGUAA